AUGAAGGGUGACACCAGACACCUUAAUGAAGAAGAGGGCCGUAGUGGGAGGGAAGACUCCAUCAAUGGGGCCUGCAGCGACCAAUCCUCAGAUUCCAAGGAUGCCCCCUCGCCCCCAAUCCUAGAGGCUAUCCGCACCCCGGAGAUCAGAGGCCGCAGAUCAAGUUCACGACUGUCUAAGAGGGAGGUCUCCAGUCUGCUGAGUUACACCCAGGAUCUGACGGGUGAUGGGAAUGGUGAGGAUGAAGAUGGCUCUGACACUCCAGUGAUGCCAAAACUCUUCCGAGAGACCAGGACGCGAUCUGAAAGUCCAGCAGUCCGAACCCGAAAUAACAAUGCCUCCAGUCAGGAGAGGUACAGGCUCUCUCCACGUUUCACCCGAGGCCGCCAAGGCCGCAAUCCUGUUGAGUCCCCCGUGGAGUUCCCAGCUACCAGGUCUCUGAGACGACGGGCAGCAGCAGCAGCAGGCACACCAUGGCCCUCCCCUGCCAGCCCUUACCCCACCAUCGACCUCACAGAUGAUGAUGUGACACCCCAAAGCAGCAGUACCCCCUAUACUGGGAUAGGACAAGACAGCAAGCAGGAAAACCUGGAGUCCUCACAGAUGGAUGGAGAGAGCCAUGAUGCUGAGAGCGAGUAUCAGGAUGGAAAGGAGUUUGGGAUAGGGGACCUUGUGUGGGGAAAGAUCAAGGGCUUCUCCUGGUGGCCUGCCAUGGUGGUAUCCUGGAAGGACACUUCCAAGCGCCAGGCCAUGUCUGGCAUGCGAUGGGUCCAAUGGUUUGGUGAUGGCAAGUUCUCUGAGAUCGCUGCAGACAAACUGGUUGCCCUAGGACAGUUCAGCCAGCACUUCAACCUGACCACCUUCAAUAAACUGGUUUCUUACAAGAAGGCCAUGUACCAUACCCUGGAGAAAGCCAGGAUACGUGCUGGCAAGACCUUCCCUAGCAGCCCUGGAGAUUCACUGGAGGACCAGCUGAAGCCCAUGUUGGAGUGGGCCCAUGGGGGCUUCAAGCCCACUGGGAUCGAAGGCUUGAAACCCAACAACAAGCAACCAGUGGUUAAUAAGUCGAAGGUGCAGCGUGCAGGCAGUAGGAAGUUAGGAUCCAGGAAAUACGAGAAUAAGAGUCGAAGGCGCACAGCGGAUGAGUCUGCCACUUCUGACCAUUGCCCCCCACCCAAGCGCCUCAAGACCAAUUGUUAUAACAACGGCAAAGACCGUGGGGAGGAUGAUCAAAGUCGAGAACAAAUGGCUUCUGAUGUCACCAACAACAAGGGAAAUCUGGAAGAUCGCUGUCUAUCCUGUGGUAGAAAAAAUCCUGCAUCAUUCCACCCACUUUUUGAGGGUGGACUCUGCCACACAUGUCGAGAGCGCUUCCUCGAGUUGUUUUACAUGUAUGACGAUGAUGGCUAUCAGUCCUAUUGCACCGUGUGCUGUGAGGGCCGAGAGCUACUUCUCUGCAGCAACACGAGCUGCUGCCGGUGCUUCUGUGUGGAAUGUCUGGAGGUGCUGGUUGGCCCUGGCACAGCUGCAGAGGCCAAGCUUCAGGAGCCCUGGAGUUGCUACAUGUGUGUCCCACAGCGCUGCCAUGGGGUGCUCCGGCGCCGCAAGGACUGGAAUGUGCGCCUAAAUACCUUCUUCACGACAGAUCCAGAGUUUGAUUUUGAACCACCUAAGUUAUACCCUGCGAUUCCUGCAGCUCGUAGGCGGCCCAUUAGAGUGCUGUCACUGUUCGAUGGAAUUGCCACAGGGUAUUUGGUCCUCAAAGAUUUGGGUAUUAAGGUGGACAGGUAUGUCGCUUCUGAAGUCUGUCAAGAGUCUAUUGCUGUGGGAACUGUUAAGCAUGGAGGGAAUAUAAAAUAUGUGAAUGAUGUCCGGAGAAUCUCAAAGCAAAAUAUUGAUGAGUGGGGUCCCUUUGACUUGGUGAUUGGUGGAAGCCCAUGCAAUGACCUCUCAAAUGUGAAUCCAGCAAGGAAGGGGCUAUAUGAGGGCACUGGCCGUCUCUUCUUUGAGUUCUACCAUCUGCUGAAUUACUCUCGCCCUAAGGAGGGUGAUAACCGGCCCUUCUUCUGGAUGUUUGAGAAUGUUGUAGCCAUGAAGGUUGAUGACCGGAAGGACAUCUCACGGUUCCUGGCGUGUAAUCCAGUGAUGAUUGAUGCCAUCAAAGUUUCUGCUGCUCACAGGGCCAGAUACUUCUGGGGAAACCUACCUGGGAUGAACAGGCCUGUGAUAGCAUCAAAGAAUGAUAAACUCGAGCUGCAGGACUGCUUGGAGUUCAGUAGGACAGCAAAGUUAAAGAAAGUACAGACAAUAACCACCAAGUCGAACUCGAUCAGACAGGGGAAAAACCAACUUUUCCCUGUUGUCAUGAAUGGCAAAGAAGAUGUUUUGUGGUGCACUGAGCUCGAAAGGAUCUUCGGCUUUCCUGUACACUACACGGACGUGUGCAACAUGGGCCGUAGUGCCCGCCAGAAGCUGCUCGGGAGGUCCUGGAGUGUGCCUGUCAUCCGACACCUCUUCGCCCCCCUGAAGGACUACUUUGCCUGUGAAUAAUUCUACCCAGGCCUGCUGAGAACUGGGGUAUCAGGGGCAGGGCUAGGGCCCAGGAGGUGCUCAGAUUCAUGAUGAUGAUUUCCCCUAGCUCUGCCCUUCCUCAGCUCAGCUGAGCUGUGUGCGGUCUCACUGUACCUCAGCUCUCUCCUGCUCAGUGGGAGCAGAGCCACUUGACCCUCUCUGACAAAGAGAAAUCCCAAGGUGCCACCUCCUGUGCACAACUCAGACCUGCCCGCUCAGAGCGGUCAAACAUGGUGCUCAUUUGUCCUUUCUAAAAUUUCAAAAACUUGAAGUAGAUAGUAAGAUGGCCUCCCCCAUCCCUUUUUCCCUGGGUUUCCCAUUAAGAUAACCAAAAUCACAGUUCUGUCAGGUAGCUCUCCAACACUCAGGUUAAUGCUGCAGAAUCACCCAAGACAGUCAUUACUGUAAUAAGAUUUAAUUUUUUUUUCAAUGUCUGGGGUUUCCUGUUUACUGGAGCUUGCAGUUGUAGACAUGUAGCCAUUUUUCAGGGCCUAGGAUGUUUUUUUUUUUCUAGGGAUAACAGAAGAGGAUAUGUUGCUGUAUAUGUCUUGGAUUUUACCCAGCCUCUUCCCCUUGCCUUGGUGCAAGGGCCACAUUUUCCCUUCAUGGUGAUGAUUUCAGCAGGCAUGAUGUCAUCACCGUCAAUUCAGGGCUAUUUUCCCCCAACCCAUGUGUUCACCUCAGCGAGAUCCCUCCAUGUACCUGCGAAUCCUCUGGGGAGCUCAGGAAGGAAUGGACUGAGCUAGUAUAGCUGCCAUAUAUGUAUAUGGAUAAGUUGAGUUUAUUAGUCUCUUCUAUUCCCUAUGUGAGGGCUAUGGAGGAGAUAGCUUAGAUAAGAUCCCCCUUCUCUCUCCUCCCCCCCCCCCAGUCCCUUCCCUUCCCUUUCAAAAGAUGUACUCUCCCGCAGGCAUGGAUCCCCAGAUCCUCAUUCUUUGAUAGACAGGGGCAGAAAGCACAUUUCCACCUUUCCCCUCAUCUAAGAGAUGGCAGGGGAGCUGUAAUAAGAUAAGAGCUUUUGAUUCUCCAAGAUUUUAAAAUCCCUUUUUAUUCUACAAUAUAUCGUCUUUUUACAGGCCCGAGAGAGGUGGACAAGCUGCAUUUCAGAAAUGCUGCCAUUAUGGUUUUUAACACCUUUUUACACUUAACUGGUGCUAUUUUGUAGAAUAAGAACGACCGUGACAAAUUUUGUGGGGCUUUUUAUACACUUUUUUUUUAAAUCUCAGACUUCUAUUUUUUGUUUUUAGCAUUUUCUUUAAAAUCUUUUUGUAACUGGAGUCGUAUAAAAAAGUAUGGGGAAAAAACUGUGCCUUGUUUCAACAGUUUUUUGCUGACUUUUAGGCCAAAAGAUAACGGAUGCCUGGAGUUUACCUU